GCCAACUAUACACUCUCAGAAUACCCUUUAUUUAACAAGGCAAAUAUGUCCUGCAAUGAGAAAACAGCGCUGCUGGCUACACAGCCAGGACAUCAUCAUCAGCAGCAACAGCACAUUAUUGUCCUGCCGUCCGCGCGCAAGGAUCCUGGGGAUUAUGAGCCCAUUUACACAACGGCUGACUAUUCCUACGGCCUUACACUGGAGGAGUUGCUCCCCUUUGCCCUGGAUCCCUGGUGGCAGAAAGUGCGACGGCUCUGCUUCGGAGGCCUGGGACUCGCCUUCCUGCUGACCCUGAUAGCCGGAGUGACUCUGGCCUAUUCUGGAAAUGUCUGUCAGACGAACAGAGCAAUUAGCGGGAAUGCCACCGCCACAACACUUCCCGCCCCACUGGCCCUGACCACGAAUGGCACGACCGCCUCCGUCAGGAGCACCACCCAGCUACUGCUGGCCAGUUUGUAGCCUCCGGAGCCGACUAAUCUGAGAAACUAGUGACGAUGCUGCAAUCCCCCACGAUGAAUUGCAUCAGCCGCACGCACAAGAUGCAUUUGUUUGGCUUGCCGGGUGCCGUGGAUGCGGAUGCGGAUGACUGAUGAUGGAUGCGGCUUUCACACUUUACCCUAGUUACUAAGUGUUUACGCCGUAAAUGCGAUAAGCCGCGAUGUGUUGCUCGGCGGAACCAAUUGAUUGUGGGACAAUUGUGUUUGUUUACAUGGCAGAUUAUUGCAAUCGUCAUUGUUCGUUAUCAACAACUGAGAUAUUUUCUUAAAUUUAAAUGCACCUAACAGAUAAAAACGCACCUUAACGAAAAGUAAAAUUAAUU